AUGGGUAAUGUCAGGCCGUCGUUGGCCGAUGAAAACCAGAUGUUUAUCUUGAUCCGAGUUGGAAGAGGGGCUUGUAUCCCCGGUUCUCCUACCUAUGAGGGAAGUAGUCUGUCUAGUGAAGAUUUUCAGAUCAUAAAAGUAGAUUCUGGGUUCUUCGACAGUAUCUUCGCGUCUGAGUAUCUACUGUGGCCGGGCUGUUUGCUACUUUCCUCCGAUCCCCCUCUCACCUUCGUCCUUCGGGACAAGGCCCCCCCCACUGAUCAUUCAGAGUAUGAAGAAAGUCUUAGGGGUUUGCCUCCCUCGGGAAAGCCAGCUAGGGUUACGUGCCCGUCCGACGACCUAUUCUGCUCAUUAUGA